AACUUUUCAGCAGUCUGGUUUGCGGAUGUUUAAACGAUAGCCCGCCGUCGUAAAUAGCAACAUAUCGCCAAUUUUAGGAGUUCUUUUUCGUUCUUACAUUUGGUAUGGUUUUUGAGUUUAAUCAACGAAAUACUUAUAGUUCUGUGAAUCCUGUGUUAAAACACUUACCUUCAUCUGAUUUCUUGGCAUUUCCCCCUGUUGGAUUGGACAGGGUGUUUGAAAACCACGAAAGGGAGUUAGCGCAGCCUUGCCUGCAUCCUCUUGGCACAAUUAACAGCCGACUGCAGUUAACGGAUCUUCUUGUUAUUCUCUGCGUUAUUUGUUCCUAUUGGAUCAGUAUCGUGUGGAUUAAAUCAGGAAUACAUCCCGUCCUGGACAAAAUGGUGACCGAUUCCAAGAGUCAGAACAUCCUGGGCUCGCUAAGGCUGUCGGAUAGCCAAUUACGGGAAUGUAUGCGGCUGUUAUUAGUGGAGAUGAAGAAAGGGCCUGGGGAAGGAUACCAAUCCGGCGGCCACCAUCAAAAUGCUGCCCACCUACGUCCGAGCGGUGCCCAAAGGGACCGAACAGGGCAAAUUUCUGGCAUUGGAUCUGGGCGGGACGAACUUCCGUGUACUACUCAUUGAUCUACACGGCAAGCACGUCAAGAUGAGCAGCAAAAUCUUCAAUGUCCCCCAGGAAGUGAUGACGGGGACUGGAGAAGGACUCUUCGACCAUAUUGCGGAGUGUAUGCACCGCUUUAUGACCGCCGAGGGAAUCGUCGAUCAAGUACUCCCCCUGGGCUUUACCUUCUCCUUUCCCUGCCGACAACUGGGACUGGCCUCGGCCAUUCUGCUCAAGUGGACGAAGGGCUUCAAGGCCUCUGGUGUGGAGGGCCAGGAUGUGGCCCAACUGUUACGCGAUGCGGUGAAACGGCACGGUGGUUUCAGUGUGGAUAUUGUGGCGGUUGUGAAUGACACUACCGGAACCCUCAUGUCCUGUGCACACUCCACUCCUUCGUGUUAUAUGGGCCUGAUUAUCGGCACCGGGUGCAAUGCCUGCUACAUGGAGCGAAUAGAGAAUGUGGAGCUGUGGGAUGGUGACAAUGAUGAACCACGGGAAGUGAUUAUCAACAUGGAAUGGGGCGCUUUUGGCGACAACGGUGUACUGGAAUUUAUCCGCACAGAGUUUGAUCGGACCCUCGACGAACAGUCCAUCAAUCCGGGCAAUCAGCUAUAUGAGAAAAUGAUGUCUGGCAUGUAUCUCGGCGAACUGGUACGCCUGGUGCUAGUCAAAUUGUGUGAGAACGGUGCACUGUUUGGAGGGAAACUACCGAACAUUCUCAAGAAGAAGGAUGCCUUCUAUACGAAAUAUGUAUCCGAAAUAGAAGGGGAGCGAGAGGAGCACUAUACGAAAUGCAUGAAGAUCGUCAGGGAUGAACUGGGUAUUCCUAAUGCUUCGCAGGAAGAUCUCAACCUGAUCCGAGAUGCCUGUGCUGCAGUAUCGUCACGAGCCGCUUAUUUGGCUGGAAUAGGUUGUGCAACUGUGAUAAACCACAUGCAACGCGACAAAUGCACAGUAGGAGUGGAUGGUUCAGUAUACAAGUAUCAUCCGAAAUUCCAUAAUUUAAUGGUGGAGUGCAUGAAGCAGUAUGUGGAUAAGCGGAUAGAGGCUAAGCUUGCACGACCCAUCAGAAAAUUCGGCCCGGAUGAAUUGUACAAUUUCAAUCUUAUGCUUUCGGAAGACGGCAGUGGAAAAGGUGCGGCAUUAGUGGCGGCCGUCGCAUCGCAUCUGGCAUCCUGAUUUCGGCCGGAUUGGUGGCAUUAAACAUUGUUAAUUUUAAUUUAAUAAUAUAUUCCCGUGUGUUGCAACUGGAUGAUUGAUGGAUGGAUGGGCUUUGUAUCGGAGACGAAGUUGUGUAUAUUUUUCUUCUACAUUAAUCCUGGUUCAUCGCGGCUGGGAAAUGCCGUGGCGCCUUCAUACACAGAGCAGAAGCACUAUUAUAGCGGUUUUUGUUUGUUCUUCACCGUGAAUCUCGCCGAUUAACCCAAGGUCAUCCUGGAAUCCUGGCGAUUUUUGCCUGCACACCACUUCUGAAUAUUUUCACGUCGAAAGCGAGAAGAAUGGAGAGUUUGCUCAAAGAGCCCCUUGAUUGUCCCCUUUGGCACAGUUGGAUAAUUUAAUAUUGAAGUGUUCAGCUUUGUACAUGCAUGGGUUGUAUUGAUUGUGCAAAAAUUUUUGUCUGAUUUUGGUUCUGCAUUGCAUGGAGUUUAGUUUGGUAAAACGUUAACUAUUGUUUUUUUACUGCGAGGCAAUGCAUUACUACUCGUUUCCGCUUUGCUUUCUGGUGUAAAAUGCUCUUUUCCGCGAAAUGAAGUGUAAUUUACGAAUCAAGAACCACACGCUUCGG